UGCGCGUACUAUGAAUCAUAAAAUAUGUUGGAAGUUAACUUCUAUUCGUAUUCAGUAAUAUAUUUUGUUAUGUUUUAUGAGCAUGUUUCACGUGCAAUCUAAUAAUAAUUUAUAGAAAGCAAAAGCACUUCAUAACUAUGAGAUGACAAUAUCUUUUACUAUCUAUUCUAACUUUCACAUCUUUGAAUAGUGCUAGAGCAAUCAGAGCGUACAAGAUGAACGGAUUCCAAAUAAAUACGUCAGUUCGAAUUCAAACUCGAUCGGUGAUACAUCAUUUAUUACCAUCAUUUAUAAUAAUUUUCAAUUGCCAAGAUGUUUAAAUUUUCCCAUUUAUAUAUUUUUAUUAUUAUUCUUGUUAUUACAAACGCUGCAAAAAAGGAACACCAACUUUUUCCAGGUGUAAUUGAAAGAUUGAGAAAAAAAUCAGCCAAUGAAGAACCCGCAAGAAUUAUUGCAAUAAAAAAACAACUAUUCCAAGAUAUUUUUACGGAACAUCAGAAAGAUGACAAAUUGCAAUUCGGCUACGUUUGCGAAAAUCCGGUUCAAUGGGAACAAAGAUUCGAAGAAAAAGACCUUCCGAACAAUCGUCAUCGUGGAAAGGUCAAAUGGGGAAACAUAAAUGGCGGCUAUGGUGAACAUUAUUGGGACAUAAAUCAUAGAUAAUCUUAAUUCUCCUUAUUCUUAUUAUAAUUUUAUUUUCAUUUCAAGAAAGAGAAAGAAUUUAACAUAAAUUCUUAAAAUUUACCAUGAAAUUUAACCGAGAUUAUG